GGCGUGGUCCCGAAGCGGGUGGCAGCCGGGCUGGCCUGGAACAUCGCUCUUCCCGGGCGCCGUACCCUGCGGAGCUUCGCAGCGCUACUCCAGGAGCCGCCGUAUCGUCGGGCAGCUCUUUCCUGGUGGUAUUUCUAAGCUCAUAUGUGGGAUGUUGAAGAGACUAUCUCUCAUAAAAGUCUUGAAUGCCUGCAGGGACUUUUUGCAAGUGAGAACUAAAGCAUGACUACCAUCCAGGAAGUGAGUGGAUUUUUCCUUCCAUUUCCCUGAAAAUCUUGCCAAAUUCCCAAGAAACACAAAAUUCUUUUCUGAAGUUGUUGAAACUCAUAUGAACAGAGAAGAGGACCUUUUUUUUAGCCCUAUAAAGCUACCUGGUAUUUGAAAUGCUGAAGAGGAAAUUACGGUUUUGCUACAACUUGCGCUUCAGGCUUUUCUUGGGUCUAACUCUCAUUUUAGUAACAAUUUCAGUUUUGAAAGUAAACCAGAAAGAAGACUUCCUAAAUCGGAGACAUCUGGAGCUAACAAAAGAAGAUCCUAUUAGCAAUGUUAACUGCACCAAGAUUAUUGAGGGGGAUAUAGAAGAAAUACAAAAGGUACAGCUUGAGGCAUUAUCAGUAUCAUUUAAGAAACGCCCCAGACUAACAACAGAUGAUUAUAUUAACAUGACUGCAGACUGUGCCUCCUUCACCAAGACUAGGAAAUACAUUAUGGAGCCUCUCAGUAAUGAAGAAGCAGAAUUUCCAAUUGCUUACUCAAUAGUGGUUUAUCACAAAAUUGAGAUGCUUGAUAGGCUUCUAAGAUCAAUCUACACUCCACAGAAUUUUUACUGCAUUCAUGUGGACAAAAAGUCUCCAGAAUCAUUUUUUGCUGCUGUGAAGGGAAUAGUCUCAUGUUUUGAUAAUGUCUUUAUUUCCAGCCAGUUAGAGAGUGUGGUAUAUGCUUCAUGGAGCAGAGUGCAGGCAGACAUUAACUGCAUGAAAGAUCUCUACAGAAGAAGUUCGAACUGGAAAUACCUAAUAAACCUGUGUGGUAUGGAUUUUCCUAUAAAGACCAACCAAGAAAUUGUAGAGAAAUUAAAAGCCCUUAAGGGUGAAAACAGCUUGGAAACAGAAAAAAUGCCUGUUUAUAAAGAAGUAAGGUGGAAGAAACACCAUGAGAUUAUUGAUGGUAAAAUAAAGAACACAGGCAUAGACAAACAACUACCACCCCUCAGCACUCCAGUUUUUUCUGGCAGUGCCUAUUUUGUAGUUAGCAGAAGCUUUGUAGAAUAUGUACUAGAAAACAGCAAAAUACUUAAGUUCAUUGAGUGGGCAAAAGAUACUUACAGCCCAGAUGAGUACCUGUGGGCAACAAUCCAGAGAAUCCCUGAAGUCCCAGGUGCAUUUUCUUCCAGUGACAAGUACGAUGUUUCUGACAUGAAUGCACUGGCCAGGUUUGUCAAGUGGCAGUACUUUGAAGGUGAUGUGUCCAAAGGUGCCCCCUACCCGCCAUGCAGUGGUGUUCACAUUCGCUCUGUUUGUGUUUUUGGAGUAGGAGACUUGAACUGGAUGCUACGAAACCACCACUUAUUUGCUAAUAAGUUUGAUACUGAUGUUGACCCUUUUGCAGUGAAAUGCUUGGAAGAGUAUUUGCGGCACAAAGCUCUGUAUCUGCAAAAGAACUGAAAUGUGUGCUCCUGCUAGGAAACAUAGGUACAAAUAUUUUUCUGCAAUGUACUUUAUUUAACAUGUUACAGCAAUGGUGGUGGUGCUGAUAAUGGGUAUAAUGACUCUCACCAUGUUGGUGUGGUGGUGCUCAUGCCCUGCCUUGUCCAUGGACAAGGGGGAGAAAAGACAUGUCUCCAGUAUGCCUUGUGGCACACUGAGGCUUGGAGCUUUAGGUACAAAAUCAGACAGCAGUUUUUGGGAAGCCAGCUAUUUGGAAUAUUUAUUAUCUAGAAGGUAUAAUUAAUGGUCUUCCUUUGGCUAAACUGGUUUAAGCCAUAGAAAAUGCAUGCUGUUCAUGGUUAUUCUUAAUUUUUUCCCCAUGAAUGCAAUGCUAGCUGGAAGAGAAAAAUGGGGUGGGGUAAUGUUGUAAUGCAUUAACAUUGUGUUUCAUCAGAUUUGUAAUCACAUGGUUUGUCCUUGCCCAGCUGUAACCCAACUCUGUUUCCCGCCCACUUUAUCCCUGAUUGGGUAGUGUCUUGUCCCUGCCUCUGGGCCCUGCCCCCUGGGGGAAAAAGCCCCUGCAGGGGCAGGGCCUAGGUCUCUCUGGCACCAGUGAGCCAUUGGGAAGAUCUCCAGCCAGGCAGGGAAGGACUCGAGAAUAAAAGCUGUUAUAUCCCACCCGGUGAAACAGAGCAGACUCUUUUCCUUUUGCCAUUGGUGGUCGUCUAGUCUCGUAAAGAAAUACAACAUCUGGCGCAGAUCAAAUACAACAUUACGUGCAGAUCGAAGCCAUAGAAGGUUCCCAAAAAGCUGGAAGAACCACUCAGGGAUCAUGUGGCCGAGGAAUUUGACGCAGGUAUGCAAGUCAUGAAAAGUAGCCCACAUAUGCAGAGACACAGACCCGUCAGACUUGGCAUUCGCUGUGGAGUCUCCGAAACACAGGAUUUCACAGGGAAGGCUGUAGUUCUCUCCUUUGGACUUAAAUAACCCAUUGAAGUGCUGCGAAGAAGCCCCCCAAACAGCAAGCUGCUCCCAGGGAAGGUGGCCACAUGUUCGUGGAAAGAUGACCCUGGGAUCUGGGACUAGAAGCUCUUUUUCCUUCUAGAAAGGGUCAGUCUCAGGCAAAAGGAGUGAUGGGGAAAGAAAGGAAAGGAACGCUGGAUUUUUGGUGAGUACCACUUCCAGUUUUCUAAGGGAAAAUCUUUUUCAGAGGCAUUAAACAUCAGAGAAAAGGGUUUUUUCUCUUUCAGGGAAGGUUUUUGCUUUCAGAGUAAACCUUCAAAGUGCUUUAAUAGCACGCUUCUUUUGGCAGCCUGGGGGCGGAGGGUGGAAAAGGAAACUGUUUCCCCUUUUGGCUCUUUUUGGCUCUUUUUUUCUCCCCAGCGAGGUUUUUUUUCCUUUCAGUUUCUCAGUCACAGUUAAAGGGGACACAGAAACUCAAAAUCUGAGCCAAAAAUGGGUCCUAGGCUGUCUGUGUCUCAAAAAAGAGUCUAUUAUCAAAUUUUAAGUGACUUGGAUGAUGGCGGGACCCAUUGUUCAAAGAAACAGCUGAAAAAAUUAACUCUGUGGUUGUUUUCUCGGUUUCCACAUGUAUUAUUAGAGCAAAUGAGCUUCCCGGAAUUUUGGGAGGCUAUAACAAAAAAAAUAGUUGAAUCUGGCCCCUCUAAUAAUAAAGAAAAUGCAAAUUUUGCUUUUUAUAGCUUAAAAAUUAAGUUUGCAUUGCAAAAGCAAAAUGGAAAGGGAAAAAAGCCAGUUCUUUGUGAAUUUUCCCCAGCUUGUACCUUUGCAGGCAGUCCGAGUGCUCAAAACCUCCCAUCUUAGUGGUCCCCAGGUGGGGGGGUCACAAGAUGGAGGGGAUUCCGUUGUCCAAAAUGGCCGAAGCCAUGUGCUCUCGAGCCACGAGGAGUCUCUCUCUCCCUUUGUCUGUCCCUCCUUCCCGCAAUCACUUCCUCUCCCCAGACCACUCCUUCUCUUAUGUGCCACCCCCAGCACUGCCCUCUCCUCUGAUUCUGCCCCCUACCCUCAAACCUCCACCCUCCAACUCCUCCCCAUGUGACUCAAGCCUCCAGCCCCUCCCUGCCCCUGGUUCCCACGGUUUCCCUGCCCACAGUCCCGGUUCCCAUGCCCCAGAGGGAGUGGGGGGAGCUGGGAACCUGGAAGCAGGAAGCGAUCCCGGCUUUUCUGCCACCCCUGUCACAUAUCAACAGUCAAAAAGAGGGAGUACUGUCCACAGUAAUUGGGACCCCUUCCCCCAGCAAGCGAUUCAGGAUUUAUGCAAAGCUCAGGCCAAAUUUGAAUAUGAAAGAGAAUACUUUUGCAACCGUUUAAAAGCAAAAUUAGCAGGGAAUACUACAGUUCCCUUUGACCUCCAAAAAGAUUUACUUUCGGAGCUUUGGCAAAAUCCUGAAACGGCUGUUGAUAAUAAGAAUUUGCCAAUUCAAUUAGCAACCCAGCCUGAUAAGUCUUUCCAAACUUACAGUAAAAUAAAGCAGCUUCCAUCAGAACCUUUAGUAACGUUUGUGGAGUGAUUAACCCGAGCUAUCGAGUUACAGGUUAAGAAUGAAGGAGGCCAGGAACAGGUCCUGGAGGAGAUGGCACUGGCCAAUGCAAACGAAUGGUGCAAAGCAGCUAUCCUCAGCCUGUCUAUAGAACUGGCUCCAACUUCACAUGACAUGCUCCAGGUGUGUGCCAGGAAGAUGCCCUUCACAAAAGCUCAUCAAAACCACAGUUCCAGAGUCAAGCUGCCACAAAAAGCUGCUGUUGCAGACACCGUGCCUCCUGUGCCUGUGCCACGGCCAGCACCCAAGAGAGGAACAACGUGUCUCGUGUGCGAUCAGGUUGGACAUUGGGCAUCUCAAUGCCCUUUAAAGAAGCAAUUUCUGGACUUUCGGGACAAUGGGGGCGGGAGGUCUCAAAGGUCCAAAGGGAAUUUUUCAAAAAAAAAUAGAAAAUGUAAAUGUUAAACUAAAUAAUCGUGCUUUAACCAGUUCUGCCUUUCAGCAAAAGUCACCGGAUAUGAUAGUAAAGGAUACAGCAACCAGAGAAACAAAAAGUCCUCAUGAUCAGGUCACCUGGGGUCGUGGGUAUGCCUGUGUGUCCACUCCCCCAGGUCCCAAGUGGGUGCCAGCUGGGUGGGUGAAACCUUUCAUCCCUAAAACUGCAAAGCCACCUGCAGAGGCCCCACAAGUGGCCAGUGCUGCCUGGAGGAGGAGAAAGCACCGAACCUUCUCCUUCUAAUUAUCAUUAUUCCUUAACAGUGUUUUUCUAGACAGUUUGUUUGCACUAAAGGUCAUUUUUCUUCUGCAACUUUAAAGGUACUCAAGGUCUGAACUCUGAGCAUCUGCCAUGAACCGAGCCUUCCUCCUUCUUAAUUUAAUAAGAAAAGGGAAAAUGUUGUAAUGCAUUAAUAUUGUGUUUCAUCGGAUUUGUAAUCACGUGGUUUUGUCCUUGCCCAGCUGUAACCCAACUCUGUUUCCCGCCCACUUUAUCCCUGAUUGGGUAGUGUCUUGUCCCUGCCUCCGGGCCCUGCCCCGUCGGGGGAAAAGCCGCCACAUGGGCAGGGCCUCAUCUCUCUCUGGCACCGGUGAGCCAUUGGGAAAGAUCUCCAGCCAGGCAGGGCAGGACUCGAGAAUAAAAGCUGUUAUAUCCCACCCGGUGAAAGAGAGCAGACUCUUUUCCUUUUGCCAUUGGUGGUCGUCUAGUCUCGUAAAGAAAUACCACAGGGUAAAAAGCAGCUGGACUGCACUUCAUACUGAGUACUGAAAGAUCUCAGGAAUAUAACAUUAGAAAUUACCUAAAAGCUAUGCAAAUGGGGAUAUGCAAAGCCAGGUGUUACCAUUUUACUUAGAUCUGUUUGCUGCAGUUCUAUGUAAUUCUCAAUCCUCUUGAAAAUUUUGUUUUCAGCAUGGAGUAUUAAGGAAUUCAAAUUUUUCUUUUGUAUUCUUAAAGCACCCUGAUACUGUGAUAUAAAGUUUAUACACUAGUUUGUAAUUACAUUUUCUCAGGGAAACUUCAGUUUUGUGCCUGAUGAGAUUUAGACUUGUAAUUUUACAUUUCUUACUGUAUGGGGAGUUUCGCUUUUGUAUCCAAAAUCAGUCAAGUUUCUCAAAACUUAAAGAGCUGCAGUACUGUCUAAAUAUUACUGAUGAAACUGCUGGUUUCUGCUUUCUGUCAAGCUCAACUUGCAUUCCAGAUUAUUUUAACAUUAAG